UUAAUUUGGAAAAUUAAAAAACGUUCAGCAAGUAUCCAUGCCAACUACUAUAUAACUUCGCUUCAAUCUUCACUUCUAAUCCACAAAACUUAAUUACUCAUCCAAUCUAAUCGUAAAAAGAAAAUAAGAUGAAAAUCUUUAACCCAUCUCGAAACCUAAUCCUAGCUACAACCAUUUUCCUUGUUUUCAUUGUUCCCCUAAGAGCCCAAGACAGCCCACAAGACUUUUUGGACGCUCACAACCAAGCACGAGCAGCGGUUGGGGUGGAUCCUUUAGCGUGGGACGAGACGGUGGCUGCAUAUGCUCAGGACUACGCAAACCAGCGUAGAGGUGACUGCGCCUUGGAACACUCGAGUGGGCCCUAUGGAGAGAACAUCGCCUGGAGCAGUGGUGACAUGUCAGGUGUUGAAGCAGUUAACAUGUGGGUGAACGAGCAGGCUGACUACGAUUAUGGUUCCAACACAUGUGCCUCAGGAAAACAGUGCGGCCACUAUACUCAGAUUGUGUGGAAAAACUCGGUGAGCUUGGGAUGUGCAAAAGUGAGUUGCGACAAUGGUCAAACCUUCAUCACUUGCAACUAUGAUCCUCAAGGUAAUAUUGUGGGCAAGUGGCCUUACUGAAAAGUGUACCCACGUGUGAAUGUUUCAAAAAAAUAUAUGUUAUGCAUGCAUGAAUUUAUGUUUCUAUAUAUAUUGUUCAGUUAUACCAAUCUUCAUCAUCAGCUAAUAAUUGAUUGGUUUGUCCGGUUCAGUCCUCUUUUGUACCAUAUACGUGGAUUUUUAUAAUGGAAUAAGAAAAAUGCAAUGCUAUACCGCUUGCAUGCUUUGUGUGAUUUAUGAUAAUCUUUUUUUGUAUAUUUUUUUUGGCUCAACAUCAACUUCUUCAUUUACAAAAAGGUUGUACAAUCAAAUUGUAACCACAAUGGCUCAACAGAGAGUUUAACCACUUAUGAUUUGAGUGCGAGGAUAUAAUAUCACCUAAACUCACUCAUUUGGAGCCUACAUUACCCUAUCACUCAUCCAACCACUUAAACCACCAUGAGAACAAUUUCCUUCUACCACAAACGGUGAAAACGAGUCGCCUUUUCUACCACACUAUUACAGAGACAUAACCAAAACCUUAAAACUAAGACCUAAACAAGAAGCUCAAAGCCGGACAUCUGAUGCCAAAACGCCAAUGAAUCAAUCCUAACGAGUCUGUAUCUUGAAAAUGCUAUCUGAUGAAUUCCCCUGAGGGGAUGAUUGCAUUGCAUUAAUUAGGCUGUAUAAAGUCGAAAGUGUUACAGAUAUCUCGGGGUUACAGUUAAGAUCAUAACAAAGUAAUUACACCAUUCUCCUAUAUUUCACCUUCCCGCAGUUGAAGCUUCAUAAGGUUGGACGAUUAAAACUGGAUCGGAAUUGUUCAAAGAGAGUUGUCGGAAGACCCUUGGUGAAGAUGUCUGCAUACUGAAUCGAAGUUGGGACGUGGACUUUUACUUCACCCAAAGCUACCUGCUCGCUUACAAAGUGACUGUCAAGUUCCACAUGCUUAGUUCUUUGAUGUUUCACCAUAUUUGAAGCUUCAUACACAGACCCUAUGUUAUCGCAGUAAGCAAGAGAGGCCUUUGUGAUCUUGAAGUGGAGCUCAAGCAGUAAGUUUCUGAUCCAGCAUAGUUAUGCAUCAGUGUUUGCUGCACUUUUGUACUCAGCUUUCGAGCUUGAUCUGGAGACUGUUGGCUGCAGCUUUGCUGAUCAUGAAACCAGGUUUGGACCAAGGAAUACACAAUAGCCUGAGGUAGAUCUCUGAGUUUUGGGACAGCCUGCCCAGUCCACAUUGGUAUAAGCUGUUAAAGUAUCAAGGCUGCCCUUGUAGAGUUGCAGUCCGUUAGCUUCUCAGAAGGUUCUGGUCACUAGUGAC